AUGGGUGCCGGGAGCUCCACGGAGCAGCGGAGCCCGGAGCAGCCGGAGGCGGGGAGCGCGACGCCGGUCGAGCCCGAGCCCAGCGGCGGCGGCCUUGCGGCGGAGGCGGCGCCCAGCGCGCCCGGGGACCCGGCCAUCGCUACCGCGGACCCCGCCACCAAGCUCCUACAGAAGAAUGGUCAGCUGUCUAGUGCCAAUGGCUUAGCUGAGGAAGAAGAGUUCAGUCCCCAGGAGGGAGCCCUGAAUGGCCAGGAGGAAGAAGCCAUUGUCACAGAUGUUGGACAGAGAGAGUCUGAAGAUGUGAGUGAAAGAGCCUCAGAUAAAGCGACGGCUGCUGGCUCCGUGGUUGUUCAAGACAUGGCAAAGGAUGGGCAGGAGGAAAUGCCUGAAAUCAUCGACCAGAUUCCUUCUUCAGAAAGCAAUUUAGAAGAGCUGAUACAACCUACUGAGUCCCAGGCUAAUGAUGUUGGAUUUAAGAAGGUGUUUAAGUUUGUUGGCUUUAAAUUUACUGUAAAAAAGGAUAAGACCGAGAAGUCUGACACUGUGCAGCUACUCACUGUCAAAAAAGAUGAAGGUGAAGGAGCGGGAGCAGCAGACGGGGCUGGUGAUCACCAGGAGCCCAGCCAGGAGACCGGAGAAGCAACAGCCAAAGAAAGCGAACUAAAACAAUCCACAGAGAAACCCCAAGAAACCCUUACGCGUGAGCAAAGCAACACGGAGAUUUCUCUUCAGGCUGAGUCUGGUCAAGCAGCAGAGGAACACCAAGAGGAAGGGGAAGAAAAACAGAAAGAACCUACCAAAUCUCCAGACUCUCCAACUAGUCCGGUGGCCAGUGAAACAGCGUCACCCUUCAAAAAAUUCUUCACUCAAGGGUGGGCUGGCUGGAGAAAAAAGACCAGUUUCAGGAAGCCUAAGGAGGAGAAGCUGGAGGCUUCAGAGAAGAAAAAGGACCCAGAGCCAGAAAAAGUAGACACGCAAGAACAGGAAAAGACAGACGCCGCCUCUGAGCAAGUGGAUGCUCCUGAGCAGGCGCACCCACAGGAGAUCACCGGGAGUGUUAACGCUGCCAGACUGUCAGUGGAAUAUGAAAAAGUCGAGCUGCCCUCUGAAGAUCAAGCGCUGGGACCCCCCAAAGAGAAACCCGCCCCCUUAGCAACAGAAGUGUUUGAUGAUAAAGUAGAGAUUGUUGCCGAUGUCCACGUUAGCAUGCCAGAGACCAAGACAGAAGAGGAGAGGGCGGAGGGAGAAGAAACAGUAGAGCCCUUGCCGGCUGAAAAGGGGGUGGAGACAGAGGCCGAGCUCGAGAAAGCCGAACCUGCUGAGGAGCUGGGGAAGAUGAAAGAAGUGUGUGCCCCUGGAGGGGACCACGCCCAGCCAACCGACCUGAGCCCCGAGGAGAAAGCGCCCUCUGCACACCCCGAGGGCGUCGUGAGUGAGGUGGACAUGCUGUCCUCACAAGAGAGAAUGAAAGUGCAAGGAAGCCCUUUAAAGAAACUUUUUACUAGCACUGGCUUAAAAAAGCUUUCUGGAAAGAAACAGAAAGGGAAAAGGGAAGGAGGGGAUGAAGAGUCGGGGGAGCACCAUCAAGCUGCAGCAGAGUCUCCAGAUAGUACAGAUGAACAGAAGGGCGAGAGCUCUGCUUCGUCCCCUGAGGAACCAGAGGAGAUUACGUGUCUAGAGAAAGGCAUCGCGGACACACACCAGGAGGGGGAAGCCGAGGAAGGAACUAUUUCUGAUGGGGAGAAGAAGAGAGAAGGUGUUACUCCCUGGGCAUCUUUCAAAAAGAUGGUGACGCCCAAGAAACGGGUCAGAAGGCUUUCUGAAAGUGAUAAAGAAGAUGAAUUGGAUAAAGUCAAGAGUGCCACCUUGUCUUCCACGGAGAGUGCGGCCUCUGAGAUGCAGGAGGAAGCCAAAGGAAAUGGAGAAGAGCAGAAGCCAGAAGAACCCAAGCGCAAAGUUGAUACUUCAGUAUCUUGGGAAGCUUUAAUUUGUGUGGGGUCAUCCAAGAAAAGAGCAAGAAAAGCAUCAUCAUCUGAUGAUGAAGGGGAACUGAAAACAAUGGGAGGAGACAGCCAGAAACCAGAUGAUGCAGGAAGAGACAAAGACACAGGACCAGACACUGCCCUUGCCAGUUCCCAGGAACAUGAUCAAGGGCCAGGAAGCUCCUCACCUGAGCAAGCUGGAAGCCCCACCGAAGGGGAGGGAGUUUCCACCUGGGAGUCCUUUAAAAGAUUAGUCACUCCAAGAAAAAAAUCCAAGUCCAAACUGGAAGAGAAAAGUGAAGACUCUGUAGCUGGGUCUGGUAUAGAACAUUCAGCGUCAGAUGUUGAGCCUGGAAAAGAGGAGUCUUGGGUCUCCAUUAAGAAAUUUAUUCCCGGACGAAGGAAGAAAAGGUCAGAUGGGAAAGCAGAACAAGCCACUGUUGAAGAUGCAGGGCCAGCAGAGGUCAACGAAGAUGAUUCUGAUGUCCCGGCCGUGGUACCUCUGUCCGAGUAUGAUGCAGUGGAACGGGAGAAAACCGAAGCACAGCAAGCCCAAAAAAGUGAGGAGAAGCCUGAGCAGAAGGUAGCUGUUUCUGUGUCAGAGGAGCUCAGUACGAAUCUUGCUCAUGGGGUGACGGUGACUGUCCUUGACGGGGCAAGGGCUGUUUCCAGUGUUGAAGAGAGGUCGCCAUCUUGGAUAUCUGCUUCGGUGACAGAACCUCUUGAAGAAACAGAAGAUGAAGCCAAACCCCUAACUGGGGAGGUAUUUGAAGAAGUCCUUGCAGAGGAAACCUCCAUUGUUACCAAAACUCUGCCAGAGGGUCAAGAGGCCAUUGAUGACACAGUCGUGAGUGAGGCGGAAUUAACUUGGGAAGCCACGACAGCUGCAGAAGGUGCAGAGGCAUUUUGUGCUGAAGAAGCAGCAGAAGCAUCUGGUGCUGAAGAGACCGCUGACAUGGUUUCAGCUGUUUCUCAGCUCACUGACUCUCCAGCAGACACCACAGAGGAAGCAACACCCGUUCAGGAGGUGGAAGGCGGUGUACCAGACCUGGAAGACCAAGAGAGGCGGACUCAAGAGGUCCUGCAGGCAGUUGCGGAAAAAGUUCGAGAACAAUCACUGCUGCCAGAAGACACGAUUCAGACAGUGCGGGAAGUAGAAGCCAAAAUACCAGAGAAGGUGGAAGAAGCGGAAGAGGAUUCUCAAGGGCUAGACCUGAAGAAAGAGACAGAUGGAGUGUUGGAAGUACGUGCACAAGAAGCUAAAGCUGAGACUUUGACACAAGGGGAAGUAGUCCUACAGGCCACCCCAGAAAGCUUUGAGAAAGUUCCUCCAGUCACAGACAGUGUAGAGUCCAGUGAGCUUAGAACCACUUGUCAAGCUGAAACCUUGGUUGGGGUAAAAUCAGAAUUGAUCCUGGAACAGGCUAUUGCUCCUGACUCAGCUGAAACCCUUACAGACAAUGAGACCAACGGAAGCACCCCAGUAGCAGAUCUUGAAGCUCUCCAUGUAACACAGCAAGAGCAGAUCCCGGAGAGGCACGAAGAUACUGAGGUUGCUUCAGGUACACCAUCCCAGGUCCCAGAAGCAGAGGCAGUUCCUGCCCCUGAACAGGUGUCUCCAGCACCUGCUAGUUUUCCAUCCCAAGAAGAAAAUAAAGGACAUUCAGAAAUGGAAGAGGUUCUAGAACAUCCGGGCAAAGAGAUACCAGUGGAAACUGUACCCAUUCUUUCAAAGACGGACACGAUUCAAGAGGAAGGCCAAUUCACCGACAGGGAGAGCCAAGAGAAACCGCUUCUCGAAGGCCCCGAUGUGUCUGCAGACCCCGAAACAACCAGCAGUCAGGAAGCGACAAGUGAAGCUGCCCUGAAAGAGGAAGCUACUAGAGAACCUGAAUUUCAAAAGGAUGACGGUAUUGAAGUCCAGAGCCCUACGCCAUCUCCCGAGCCAGUGGAGAGAGAGAUGGAAGCUCAAGGAGAGAGGGAGGAAAUGGAAGCAAAGCCAACUCAAGCCACCGAAGAGGAAUUUGAGCAAAAACCAGCUGUGACCACAUCUGAUGAGCUUAGUAAGCAGCUGGUGCAGACAGAGAGUGUGGCCGUCAUCGGCGGGGAAAAGGAGGUUACCGCUUGGGAAGAAAGUUCUCCCCAGCUAGUGCAGGAGGAAGCAGUGUGCACGGAAGUUCAAGUCCAGAGCUCGGAGGCGCCCUUUACUCUAACGGCUGCAGCAGUGGAGGAGAAGGUCUUAGGACAAACUGUCGAGAUUUUAGAAACCGCUGAAACUCUGGAAUCUGCAGAUGCACAGUCCGUUCCAGAAGAAGAAUCCUCUGAAAAAGAUGAAGAAGCCUUGACUGCCCGGCCAGGGGACGUCAAGGUGCCCACGGGGACUGAGGCUCAGCCAGAGUCCAUCGCGGUGACUGUAGCGGCUGCUCCUGAUGGAGGCGUCAGUGCUGAUCUGGAAGGAGAUGAAACCACCCCCCAGAGCCCGUCCUCACAUGAAGAGGACGGGCCGGCCGCGUGUCAGGAAGUCCAGGGGAGCGAAACAAGAAAGGAAGAUUUAGAGCCUGAAAACGAGAUUUCGAAACUUGAGACUGAGGGCAGUAAACUUGUACAGAAUGUGAUCCAAACAGUUGUUAGCCAGUUAGUAAGCACGGAAGAAGCAGCCGCUGAUUUCCAGACACAGGCUCAGCCGAUGAUCUCGGACACGCAGGAGGUGAGAGCGCACACCGAGACUGAAGAAGAGCUUCAGGCUCAAGAUGGAACACGAGCCAAAGAAGAAUCCACACUAACCACCGUGGAACAGACCCAUUCUGACAUUCCCGAAGCUGUGAGUGAAGCUUCAGCAAAGGUCACAAGUGUUGAGGUAGAACGUUCCAGCCUAAAUGACCAGCAGCUUGAAGAGGCAGUUCUCCCAUCUGAGGAAAAGGAACAAACAACCGGGACCGAGUCUGUUUUAGAAGAUGGUGAUCGUGCCAGGUUAGAAGAAAGGAUAGAGGAGUCCCCCUCUGAAUCCCAAGAAGAUGAAAAAGGUGAUGCUGUUGAUGAGCCUGAGAACCAGCACUCAGCCCUGGAAGAUGCUGGGGCCCCAGGAGGCGUAAGCAAAGAGUCCCCGGACACAGAUGGACCAACACCGAAAGAGAAGGAAGGUGGCCAGGAAGUAGAAUUUCAGGAAGGAAAAGUCCACAGCGAGUCAGAAGAAGAGAUCAAAACCCAAACACAGGACGACGCUCAGAAACAGGAGGGAGAACCGGCAAAAUCAGAACCCACAGGAUCCUAAAACAUCACGUCCAGCGCACGGGUUUGCAAGACCAGAGUGUGAAGACGAGCAGCGGUAGGAGGAGAUGGACGGACGCUGCUGACGAGACUCGAGACCAGUGUUUUUCAGACUCAGAACCGAAGAACAGGCCCCUUGACUGACCUCCUUUCUGGAGCACCCUGACAAUCCUGAGGCUGCAUCGGGAACUAGAGCCAUUUAACACUUCCUCUUCGCAGGGCCACCCCCUUAACUUUCCCUUGAUACCAUAUUACAAUGUUUCUGACUUAAGGUCCUAAAUUCUUAACCCGGAACUGGAGUUGGCCAAACCUAGUUCUGCUUCUCAAACUGGAGUAUCCUCCUUUAUGUAUUUAUAUGUAUGUUUUAAGUAACCCUCCUUCUGUAUCUAUUGUAUAUUUUUUUUCUUAGCGAUUAAGGAAAUGUGCAGUAUGGUACAUUCCUUUUGUAUUGCACAGGACGUGGUGGGGCGUGCAGCCGUGGUCAAGCCUUGGGAAGCUCGAAGCCUCAGCUGUAACCUGUGAAAACAGCCUCCUAGAGACAACAUUCCUGAUCAGAAGCUAUAGUUUGUACUUCAAAAUCAACUAAGGAGUAGGGUCCGUGUUUCCUACCACUCUAAAAUUGGUCACUUUCCCAUUAUGCACAGUGUGCUAAAAAUAAAAAGCUUUUUUUUGAGUGGGGGGGGUACAUACAGAAUGUUCCAUUGUUACUGUGAAAUUUUUCUUUCUAGCCCAGUGGGGGUUGGAAGGGAGUUUUUUUUCAGUAGCGGAUUAACUUUAAGCCUUUUUGAAUUGUUGAGGCUGUUUGGAGAGAUGAAUGUGCUUAAAGCCUGAGGCAAAGUAGUGAGAAAUGUUUUUCGUCUUACCAAGAAAACAAUUGGCUGUUUCAAGGUUUUGAUUCUACUCUUCUGUGCUGGACGACAUUCACACGCAGCAUGAAGUAAAGUCAGGUUCUUGAGGAAUGGUAUUUGGAUAGGUCCUGGAUUGGGUCUGUGCCUCAUUUAUGCCCACUCUUUGAAGGACAGUGUUGCAUUAUGUUCAUUUGGAUAAACUGUGAUUUGACAACUGAUUUAAAUAAAAUAUUUGCUUCACUUA